AUGGCGGAGGUGAGUGGCGGCGGUCAUCAGAGGUGGCAAUGGUGGGUGGCGGUGGUGGACGUGGGUAGCGGCGGUGAUCGGUGGCGGUGGUGGGGACGGAGGUGGGUGGCAGCAACAGCAGUGGCGGGUGGGGGCGGUGGUGGCGAAGGUGGUGGUGGCGAUGGUUGCGGUGACAGUGGUGGUGUUAUUGGUGGGUCGCGGGUGGCGGCAGUGGGAGGUGGUGGUGGUGGUCGGAGCUGGCUGGCGGCGGCGGGUGGGUGGCGGCGGAGGUGGGUGACGACGGCAGACGGCGGUGGUGAAUGGCGGUGGUGA